CGAAAAAUAAUAUUACCUAAUCGAAAGUAAACACCAGCAAGCAAUAUUCCGCCGGAAAUGGAAGAAACAAGUUUACCCUUAAAUCUUAUUAUAAAAGCUUUCACAUUCCAGUUAGUCCAUUCAUCAUUUUUUGUAUAUACAAUAUAUUUUAAGUAAGACACUCUUGAUUUCUUAAUGGAAAGCCUCUCUAUCUCUCCAACUAUUGCGCGCUGUUUGUCAGAGGGGGACCAUUUUUAUAUUUCAAUAAGGAAUGAGGGAGAGACGAGAUUUGCGUUCAAAAUAAAAAUUUCAAAUACAGCUUAUUAUAAAGUUAGUGAAAACUACGGAUUUGUAAAUCCGACCUCAACAAAAAUUAUUGGAAUUCUUCGUUUGAAUGGUAGGCCUGGAAACACUAAAUUGUGUGUAUGCUUUGCAACGACGCAACCUAAUGAAACUCAAACUCCCAAUUCAAUUAUUCCUCAAGGAUCUGAUGGCGAGUUCUAUAAAUUAAUUAUCUUAAAGGCUGUGCCACAUUUUGAACAAAAUAAUGCCUUAUCGAACAGUGUUAGCGAUGAUUGA